ACCCAACUUUAAUUUAUUUUCAAAUUUAUUAAAUUAAAACCCUCAUCCCCACUCAGAAACCAAAUCCACUUUUCUUCUCAAGUACAAUUCUGUAAGCAACAAUGGCGAACGUGGAGGCGGAGGCAGUGGAUUUCGAGCCGGAGGAGGAUGAUCUCAUGGACGAGGACAUAGGGGACGGCGGUGCGUCAUCCCCCAACCGCGGCGCCAAUGUUCCUCGGCUUAAGUCUGCCAUCACAGGCGGCUUGUCGGCCUCUGCUCCGAAGAAGACCAAGGGCCGAGGCUUCCGUGGAGAGGCCUCAUCUGAGGCCGAACGCAACGCUCGUAUGUCUGGGCGCUUUGACUCCCUCGACUCCGACGGUGGGCCCGGCCCCGAGCGAUCUAUUGAAGGAUGGAUUAUUCUGGUUACUGGAGUUCAUGAAGAGGCACAAGAGGAUGAUCUACAAAAUGCAUUUGGCGAAUUUGGGGAGAUUAAGAAUUUGCAUUUAAAUCUUGACCGACGUACGGGUUUUGUCAAGGGUUAUGCACUAAUUGAAUAUGAGAAUUUUGAGGAAGCUCAGAAAGCUAUAAGUGAAAUGGAUGGGACAGAACUGCUCACCCAGGCCAUAACUGUUGCUUGGGCAUUCAGCAAAGGUCCAUUCAAAAGGAGGAAUAUGAGGAGGAGAUCACCUCAUGGUCAUCGUUCUAGAAGUCCUAGGAGGAGAUUCUGAUGUUGGCGGCUUUUUUAAGGAUUUUGUGGCUUUUCAUUUAGUGUCAAGAAACCAUUCUGAUAGUUGUGGACCGAUGCUAAAAUUAACCAUGUGUAUGAUUGUUGAUUUUGAUGAGGAUUUGUAUUUCCUUUCCCCCGUUACAUGGAUAACUUAUCUUCAGUUUAUAAGUUACUCUUAAUGGAUUGUCGAGUCUGCGUUCUUUGCAUUGAGCUUUGGGUUCGCUAUGGCAACCUGUUGCGUGUGGAGAUUCCACGUAAAAGGGACAUUCUGAUGAAUCUGUUUCUUGUCUGGUGUAAUGUAUGUCGACCGUACUCUGCUUACUUUCUGUGGAAAAGAAUUUUGUACUUUCUAUUAUCUCUGGAAGGUUUAGUAUGUAUAUCUGGAA